AUGGCACAAAAAAAGGUUCUUGUUGUUCUAACCAAUGUUUCCAAAUAUCCAAACGCCAAGAGAGCUACAGGGUUGUGGCUGGGCGAGGCUGUGCAUUUCGCAAAGAAAAUUGAAAGUGCGGGAUUAAAGGUCGAUUAUCUCAGUCCAUCUGGUGGGUACGUUCCAAUCGACCCCCAUUGCUUCGAGUUGGCGGACGACACAGACUGGGAGUGGUACCAGAACCCAUCGUUUUUGAAGCAAUUGGGUAACACACUAAAGCCUAGCGAGGUCAAACCAGAAGAUUACUCUGCCAUUUACUACGCAGGUGGACAUGGUACUAUCUGGGACUUCCCUGACAACAAGGAGUUGCAAGAAAUCAGUGCGAAAAUUUACGCCAAUGGCGGGGUUGUUUCGUCCGUGUGCCACGGUGCUCUGGGGCUAUUAGGUAUCAAGGAUCAAUCUGGCGAAUUACUGAUCAAAAACAAGAAGGUAACCGGCUUCAGCAACGAGGAGGAGCAUCUCGUAGGUCUGGACAAGAUUGUUCCUUUCCUCACGGAAACCGAGUUGUCUAAAAGGGGGGCCAACUAUGUCAAGGCUCCUGAGCCUUGGGCUGAGUUCGCUGUCGUUGAUGGCAGACUAGUAACGGGUCAGAACCCAGCCUCCGGUGCUGCAGUCGCAACAAAGGUGCUAGAGGUUUUGAAGCACUAG